AUGGUCAAGAAAAUCAUCCAGCAUGGACCGAACAACCAAAAACAUCAACUGAUAAUUUUUCAAACGGGAUUCAAGUUGAGCAGCAGCAAUUUGUCAAUCAGCCUCCACCUGCACAGCAACUGCAUCCCGCACACUUUCAUCAAAACAUGCAAUUUCCACAACCUCCCCAAUUGCAGAAUAAUAAUUUCAAUCAGCUGGGACAGAAUGGAAUCGAUACCAUUCUACCACAAGUUCAGCAGCAACAGAAAUACCCAGAAGCUCCACCUGCACUUGGACCGUCAUCUCAUGAACAGUUUGCUCCGUCACAACAGCAGCCCCAUCACCAUCAGCACAUGGGCCAUGGAGCAGCCGCGCAAAAUUUUCCCAAAGCUCACGAAACACCACAAAACCCUAUGUGGAGUCACCAAUCAUCUUCCCAAGCGUCAUCUAAUGGGCAAGUGCUCAAGCCCUACCGAAUCAAAAUCAACAUCAUCCGUGGCCUGCACAAGGUGUCUUUCCUGGAUCUCAUAUUCCUGCUCAGCAACAGCCAGUUUCUCAACAGCAGCACAUACAGCAACAGCAACAUCAACACCACGUCGGGCAAUUCAGGAUUCCUCCAGCUCACUCUCAACCACGGCCACUACAGAAAACCCAACAAAAACCCCAACUGCAGCAACCACAUGUGCAGCAGCAAAAUCCGAAUCAGAUGCCACAAACUGCAAUAAAUGCUCCAUUUCCACUACAGUAUCCCGCAUGGCCGUGGCCAAUGUUGCCACCUCCAAUGUUGCCACCUUCAGUACCUUUUGGACCUUUCAUGCCUCCACCAUACUUCUAUGGCUACCCAUAUGGUUGGCCUGCUCCUCCCACCAACAUGUCUAUAAACAAUACGCUGCACUGAAAAAAAGAUUCAGCAAAAGUAAGGAAAUUACGGAUGAGGAAUGCGCAGAACUUGGAUAUAAAAUAAACCUCGGUAUGGUGCAAAUCAAAAAAUGGUUUUUACGCAACAAGGAGAGAGCAGAAUCAAUUGCGGCUAAAAAUCGGGUCGAAAAAGAUCACGAUGAUACGUUAACGGAGUGA